AUGUAAUAAUAAUCUUAAGAUGCUGAGUAUUUUAAGGAAAAAGGGUUUGAAUUUCUUUUAAGGUCAUUUAAAAAACUUAAAGAAUGGAAUAUUGAAUAAUGUAACAUCAUAAAAGGAAGGACUCAAGAGAUUGCAGUCAAGAAAAGCUAAGACCUUAGAAGUCAUUAGAAGCUAAAUUUUAAGAACACUCUGACACAUUUCGCAUUCGCUUUGUAAAUUCUUAAUUUUCCAAUAUUAUCAAUGAGGUCAGUCACAACUGUGAGGUCAUUGUCUCUAGUUUUUCGAGAAUCAAAAAUGAGGAUAAAUAAUGCAAUCACGAAAUUUAAGCCUUACUCAAAAAAUAGAUAAUCCUUCAGAACUCAAUGUCACUCUAUAGCAAACAGGCCACAAAUACAUAGAAAUUAAAGAAGAACUGAUUAAAAUACAGUAGGACUCAGAAUCACCCGAUUAUUGUAAAUUUGUUUGACCAACAGCAUAAAUUCAAUGAAGAGGAUGAAUAGAUCUAAUCAAGAGAUCAAGGAAACACGACUGCUCUUUUAAAUGAACGAUAAGUUGGCUCCACAUUAAUUAAAAUAAUACAUGUAACAAUUGUUAAAGAGAUAUAAGAGAAUCUAAUCCAGUUAGGAAUUAGAACCGAAUGGAGUUGGAUGGGAACUCAAAACUAAAUCGCAACCUUAUAAAAUUAGUGACGAUUGGGUUGUUAUUCGAGAACAUAUGCUGGAGAAGAAGUGA